CGCAACGAUUCGCGUCGAGUGCGCAAAGAAUCGCAGCAUUCUUUUCAGCGGACUGUGGGAAGUCAGCAACAAUUCGCUUGAGCGACGGACAGCAGUGGACCAGCAGCGAGGAAGGGAGCAAGUCGAACAGUCGAAGUUCUCUCGUGGUUGACGCGCAGUCCCAGCGUUCUGUGCCUCAGGCACACAGUUGGUGGUCGACCAAUUAUCGAUAAGCGUGGGGCUGUCAAUGAGGAGGAGUCGCGAAUGAACGCAAGCUUGAUGCGAUUGGCAACAACAGGAAGCAGUUUCAUAGACUACAACUUCCUUUUGUACUGACAAUCACGGCUUCACCAUGGCUUUACGAAUAACAUCAUCACCGCCGGCCUUGGAUGACUUCACUCCGCUUUCAGAAUACAAUGCACAAACUCCUCUGACCUUUGACGGCAAAGGAGUUCUACAUCAACUUGCACGAGCAACCACAGUGAAAAUACCAACAACGGAAUUUGAGCAAAACGCAGAAUUGAAGCAGUUGGCCGGAGCGAAUGCGACGUCAGCCGAUGAGGGUGGCAAUGUGCAUAUUCCCGACGUUGAUGUAUGGGCGACGAAUAAAUACAUCGUCUUCUACGCAUCAAAACAGUCCAUCGGCAUAACCGUCUCUUACCCUUCCAUCACAAUCACUGCACAAGACGGAGCAGAAGUCCUCCUCGAACUAACACUCUCCCCUGCUGAUGUCGCCGACGAAGACAUCGAAGUCCUGCAACUCCGCAUCCUGCCCACCUCGGUAGAAUUCCCCGAAAACGACGACCGCGCCACAAACGGGACCACCAGCGAAGCCGAGCAGACCAACGGCAGCAACACCUCGACUGCAAACGGCGCGAGCGCCCAUCCCAUCCCGCCUUCAGCAUCCCUCUUCCAUGCCAUUUCCAACUGCCAAGAACUCAACCCGGACCCUCGCCUGCCGGGCGACGAAGACGAUGACGACGAAAUGGGCGGCACCGGUAGCGGAAAUGCUUUCUUUGACGAAACCGCGCCCGGUGCAACCGGGUGGAUCACAUCGGAGAACAUGGCAGAUUUCAUGGACGAGGAUGGGAACUUCCGGAUGCCGACGGGUGCGACGGUGAUCGGAGGUGACGACGAGGCCGGCACGUAUGACGAUGCUGAUGGCGAUGUCGGCGGGAACGUCGGUGGUGCGGGAUCGGUGAGGAGGAGGGAUGAGGCGGGCCUGGACGGCGAGGGUGGCGCGGCGGGCGCAGGAAGUGGUGAUGGGGAGAGUAAAUGGCAGAGGACUUCAUGAUCAUUUCGGGUUCUUUUUCUCCGGUAGAGAUGUCGACGGCGGUCAUU